AUGGCGAGAUUACAACGACCAUCCGGAGGCGGCGCCGCGACGAAAGUUGCCGAGUCUGGGUACGUCGAAGCUUCGGUAGCGCCGGCUUCGGCGCCGCCGAAAAUUACGUUGCGAAACGUCAUUCCGGUGAACGACGUUAUCGCGGGCGGUUGCGCUCGUGCCGCGUCGCAGUCGACGAUUCACCCACUCGAUACCGUCAAGGUCCGCAUGCAAGCGUUAGCUGGCAAGGGGAAAGCUGCACAGGAAGCUGCCGCGGUGCAGAAAGCGUCUAAGGCGGUAUCCACGGGUAAAUAUGGCGUCGGGAGCGCCUUCAUGGCGAAUGGCGGAAGCAAACGCGUCGCGUUGGCUCGAGGCGCUUCAGCCGUCGGCAAAGAGUUUUCCGUGCUUUAUAAAGGCGUGUUCGGUGCCGCGAGUGGAGCCGGACUUGCUAUCGGCACUUACUUUGCUUUCUACGGCGCCGCGAAGAAAUUGUUGGAACGAUAUUCCGACUACUCCGUCUCCAAGACUGCUUUCGUGGCUGGCGGUAUCGGCGCCUUGGGUUCCUCCUUGGUCAAAGUACCCGCCGCGGUUUGUAUUCGAUCCGUGCAAGCUGGAGUAUACCCGAACGUCUUUGCUGCCGCGGGGACAAUCACGAAAGCUGCCGGCUGGAGAGGUUUGUUUACGGGGUACGCGCCGACUUUGCUCGAAGACAUCCCAGACAUGGCGGUCAAAUUUGCGGCUUACGAAACUUUGCGAACGAUGCAUCGCAACUUUUUCAACAAAGACGACGAUGAAGCCGAUGCUUUUGCAGACAUCUCCAUGGGUUUGAUCGCUGGAUCCGUCGCAGCUGCUGCGACGACGCCUUUGGACGUCGUAAAGACGCGCAUGAUGUGUAACGCCGCUGCGAGACCAUCUUUUGGCGGCGCCAUUGUGGGCGUAUGGAAAGAAGCGCCGGCUGGCUUUAUCAAGGGCAAACUUCCCAUGUACUUUACUGGUGUCGGCCCUCGUGCAUUCUCGAACGGUAUCAACUCUGCCAUAUUCUUCAUGUUCUUUGAAGCGAUGCGUGCUGGGUUGAAACGUCGCGAAGAGCGCGUUGAACUCGAAAAGAGACGGUUACGAAGAGUCGGGUACAACGGCUCCAAGAACGAAGAGUUUCGAUGGGCGAACACCGACCAACAAGUCGGCAGAGUCACGGAAGCCUCCGUGACGACGUCCACUUUACGCCACAAGUUUACGCUUCCCAAGUUGAAGAAGUGUUAA